AUGUAUAAUCCCAAUGCUUAUACUAAAACAUUACCAACGAAUACUCGUCUUGGUCGAGUAAUGCAUGUGCCUCAUCAAGCUGAUUCAUUUCCAUUGCCCGAUGCCGUUAAUUCAUCACGGGAAAUCAUUGAUAAAUUGACUAAUAGUAUUAUUGAUUCUGAUGAAAGAAGACAAAUUCGUGCUAUUCUCCAACAACACGCGAAAUUGUUCGAUAUAUCACAAGUUACACAAGCAAAUACACCCAUUCAACACACGAUUAAUGCCGGUGAUAGUCUCCCAAUUAGUUCUCGACCAUAUUCACGAACAAUCUAA